ACUGCGGAACCAAAACGGGUCUCGACGAACCUUGCAUCCAUGUACGGCAGAAUUACUGCAGGACACGAACGAAUGAAGAUAUGUUUCUGUACGGAUCUGGACAAAUCGGUCCUAAUCAGCAACUUUGAAAAGCGCGGUUGGGUUCAGGUAUCCGCCGACGAUGAUUGGAAUUUCUACUGGGCCGGGACGGGUACCUGUCGGAAUAUCUUCAGUGUGGACAGUGGAUACCGCAUGCAUGAUAACCAGCUGAUCAAUCACUUUCCCAACCAUUAUGAGCUGUCGAGAAAGGAUUUGUUGGUGAAAAAUAUUAAGCGAUAUCGGAAGGAUCUCGAGAGGGAUGGAAAUCCACUGGCGGAGAAAACUGAAGUGAACAUUCCAGGGGGAUCGAAGUAUCUGUAUCUGGACUUUAUACCGGUCACGUUUGUCCUGCCGGCCGAUUAUAACAUGUUCGUCGAAGAGUAUCGUAAAAAUCCGCAAAGCACCUGGAUUAUGAAACCGUGCGGUAAAUCGCAGGGUGCCGGAAUUUUUCUGAUAAACAAACUCUCCAAGCUGAAGCGCUGGUCCCGGGAGGCCAAAACAUCUUUUCAUCCGCAGAUCGGGAAGGAGAGUUACGUCAUUUCCAGAUACAUAGAGAACCCACUGCUGAUUGGAGGCAAAAAAUUUGAUCUCCGCCUGUACGUCCUGGUAACAUCGUUUCGACCGCUGAAAGCUUACCUUUUCCGGUUGGGCUUCUGUCGCUUUUGCACGGUGAAGUACGAUACUAGCGUGACAGAGCUGGACAACAUGUAUGUUCACUUGACGAAUGUCAGUGUGCAGAAGCAUGGUGGUGAAUACAAUAACCACCACGGUGGCAAAUGGAGUGUUCAAAAUCUGCGUCUUUUUCUGGAAGGUACCCGCGGGAAGGAGGUUACCGAUAAGCUGUUUGGAUCGAUUACCUGGUUGAUUGUGCACUCGCUGAAAGCCGUUUCCAGUGUGAUGGCCAGCGACCGGCACUGCUUCGAGUGCUAUGGCUAUGAUAUUAUCAUCGAUAACACGCUUAAACCCUGGCUGGUGGAAGUCAACGCGUCCCCUUCGCUAACGUCUACCACGGCAAACGAUCGCAUCCUAAAAUACAAAUUGAUCGAUAACAUCCUCAAUAUCGUACUGCCACCGGAUGGAGUUCCAGAUGUCAGAUGGAACAAAAUUCCCAGCCCGGAUUUGCUAGGAAACUUUGAUCUGCUGAUAGACGAAGAAAUCGCCGCCCAGGACGAAAGUGUUCCCACCAGCAAUGGCAAGGGUCGAUCCAGUAGCAACCGAUGGAAAUGA